AUGAGGGACAAAAAAAAAGAAGGAAAACACUUGCCAAAAGCCCAGGUAACGCGACAUCCCGAUCAGACGGCCCAGAUUCACCGGACCCCAGCUAUAAAAUCUGGACCUCUCCCACCACCCAAAACCCUCCUCCGGCUCAAUCGCGUCCACGCCGCGCCGCCGCCUCCUCCUCCUAGGGCUUCUUCGUCUUCCUCCCCUCCGAGCAGCGCCGCCGCCGCCGCCGCCCCCGAGCUCGCCAAGAUGGUGCUGCAGAACGACAUCGACCUCCUCAACCCUCCGGCGGAGCUCGAGAAGCUCAAGCACAAGAAGAAGCGCCUGGUGCAGUCGCCCAACUCCUUCUUCAUGGAUGUAAAGUGCCAGGGAUGCUUCAACAUAACCACCGUGUUUAGCCACUCCCAGACUGUUGUUGUGUGCCCAGGCUGCCAAACGGUGCUCUGCCAGCCCACAGGAGGAAAGGCCAGGCUCACCGAGGGCUGCUCUUUCCGCCGGAAGAGCGAUUAGAGUGUGAGUUCUUAAUUACGAAGACGAUGUUUUGUGCCAAUCAAGUGAUCCAAUUCCAAGGAUAUGUAGUUUUUCGAAUUUUGCUCUGAAAUAUCUAUUUUGCAAGUGUUAUGUAUCCUGAGCUACUUGCAUACAUUGCCGUCUUGCCUGUCUAAUUAGUUGGGUUUAUUUGAGAUUGGGCAAACUGUUUCACUUGUAAGCUGGUGUGGAAGAAAUUUAUUGAUAGUUCAUCUAAAAACAUUUAACAAUAAAAAUCUGUAUCCAUUCCUUGCAUUUUGCUAUGAAACGCUUCUCCAUGUUACCGACGUA